AUGAAGCUUUUUGUUUUGGCAGCGCUGCUGGGCGUGACCUCUGCUCAGCACGAUCCUCACACCAAACACGGGAGAACGUCCAUCGUGCACCUGUUCGAAUGGCGUUGGGCUGACAUUGCAGAGGAGUGUGAACGAUACCUGGCACCCAAUGGCUUUGGUGGAGUUCAGAUCUCACCUCCAAGUGAGAGCAUUGUUCUCACCAACCCUUGGCAUCCAUGGUGGCAGAGAUAUCAGCCAGUCAGCUAUAAUCUGUGCUCCAGAUCUGGAAAUGAGAAUGAGCUGAGGGACAUGAUUACCAGAUGCAACAAUGUUGGGGUAAACAUCUAUGUGGAUGCGGUGAUCAACCACAUGUGUGGAGCAAGUGGUGGUGAGGGCAAGCACUCAAGCUGUGGUACAUAUUUUAAUGCUAACACCAAGGACUUCCCUUCAGUUCCUUAUUCUGCCUGGGACUUCAACGAUGGAAAAUGUUACACCAACAGUGGAGAAAUUGAGAACUAUCAUGAUGUUAAUCAAGUGAGAAACUGUCGUCUGGCUAGUCUUCUUGACCUGGCCUUGGAGAAGGACUAUGUGCGCAGUAAAGUGGCUGAGUACAUGGACAAGCUAAUUGACAUGGGUGUAGCUGGCUUCAGAGUUGAUGCUUGUAAGCACAUGUGGCCUGGUGAUCUGAGUGCAGUUUAUGGAAGACUCCAUAAUCUCAACACCAAGUGGUUCUCCAGUGGCUCCAGACCAUUCAUCUACCAAGAGGUUAUUGAUCUUGGUGGGGAGCCCAUCACAGCUUCUCAGUACUAUGGCAUGGGAAGGGUGACUGAGUUCAAGUACGGUGCCAAGUUGGGUACCGUCAUGCGCAAAUGGAAUGGAGAAAAGCUAAAAUACCUGGUUAACUGGGGUGAGGGUUGGGGUAUGAUGCCCUCUGAUAAGGCCCUGGUGUUUGUUGAUAACCAUGAUAAUCAAAGGGGCCACGGGGCUGCAGGAGCAUCUAUUCUCACCUUCUGGGAUGCCAGACUGUACAAGAUGGCCAUUGGUCUGAUGUUGGCCCACCCCUAUGGAUUUACCAGAGUAAUGUCCAGUUAUCGCUGGGACCGUAAUUUUGUCAAUGGAAAGGAUAAGAAUGACUGGAUUGGACCACCAAGCUACAGUGAUGGUACCACCAAGCCUGUGCCUAUAAACCCCGACACUACCUGUGGAGAUGGCUGGGUCUGUGAGCACAGAUGGCGUCAAAUCAGAAACAUGGUCAUUUUCCGUAAUGUUGUGAAUGGACAGCCAUUAUCAACCUGGUGGGACAAUAGCAACAACCAGAUCGCUUUUAGCCGUGGUAAUCGUGGAUUCAUCGUCAUCAAUAAUGAUGACUGGGACCUGGACGUGACCUUAUACACUGGUUUGCCUAGCGGAACCUACUGUGAUGUCAUCUCUGGUCAGAGGGAGGGAAGCUUGUGCAGCGGAAAGCAGGUGAAGGUUGGAGUUGAUGGACAUGCCUACUUUAAAAUCAGCAACUUGGAAGAAGAUCCAUUCAUUGCCAUCCAUGCUGACUCUAAACUGUAA